AUGUCGCCCAGCGAAAAAACCCUAAUAUCCCAAGGCGCGGAAGCGCUCGUGUACAAAACGACGUACCUGACACCGACGCUUCCCGCGCUGCUCAAAUACCGCCCAGCCAAGCCGUACCGGCACCCGACGCUCGACGCGCGCCUCACGAAAUCGCGAUGCCUCGCCGAGUCGCGACUCCUGAUCCGCGCGCGCGCGCUGGGCAUCCCCGUGCCGGCCGUGUACUUCGUCGACGAAGCGCGCGGCGAGAUCAUCAUGGAGUGGAUUUCUGGCGCGAGCGUGCGCAGCGUGCUCGACGCCAUGCUGGCGGCGCCUGGCGGAACACAGAAGGUCGAUCGUGUCAUGGUCGAGAUGGGGAGGGUCGUGGGGAAGCUCCAUGCUGCCGAUAUCGUCCAUGGAGAUCUCACCACGAGUAAUGUCAUGGUGCGCCUGCGGAGGAGGACGGGGUUGCUCGCUGAUACCUGUGAGGAGGAGGAGGUGGUCGCUGAUGGUGGCGAGGUCGUCCUCAUCGAUCUGGGGCUCGGGAGUAUGUCCACCGCGGAGGAGGAUAAGGCGGUUGAUCUAUAUGUGCUGGAGAGGGCGUUUUUGAGUACUCAUCCCAAGGCGGAGGGGCUGUUUAAGGACGUGCUGGCGGCGUAUGAGACGAGCUAUAAGGGAGCCAAGCCGGUGCUGAAGAGGCUACAGGACGUGAGGAUGCGCGGGAGGAAGAGGAGUAUGUUGGGGUGA